AAUCUUCAUCGUCAUUCUCAGCAUCAAGCAUCGCAACUGCAAAGAUGGCACUUGCUCUGCGCUCGUUGUUCCUCCUUUGUGAGAUCAGUGGAUUCCUGACUGGACUCUGGUCUUUCCCUGCAAUAGGCGUCACCUGCCCUGCAGGCUGGACUCAUUUGGACUGUUCCUGUUACAUUUACCAAGACGAAGCAAGGAACUUUGCAGAUGGAGAGGCCGUGUGCAACAUUCUUGGUGGAAAUCUGGUAUCCAUUCAUAAUGACCUGGAAAACGCAGUUGUCCAACAACUGAUUGCUGCAGCUAACCUUACUUGGAUUGGACUUCAUGAUUCAAUUGUGGAUGGUGACUACAUUUGGACUGAUGGCACAGUUGAGAAUUUCCGCAACUUUGGUACAGGGGAGCCCAAUAGCAGUAAUGGUGACUGUGUACUGAUGGAUGAGACUGCUGGACUUUGGACAAGUGCAAACUGUACAGAUCUUCAAACAUAUGUUUGCAUCAAGAAUGUGCAUCGUUUGUUCACCUAAUCGCUCGUUUUACCAUCGUCUGCCUUCUGUCACAAUGAAUUUCCAUAAUCAUGACUCAAAGAAAGAAACUUAAGUGGUGUCGUUGUAAUUUUAGGUUUACGCUCAAAUCUGCUUUUCUUCUCUAUUCCUUCAAAUGUUACUGACAACAAUUUUCUAAUGUCAAAGCAUUUCUCUAUUAAAUGAAGGCUUUUUUUUCCAGCAUCAAAA